AUGAGGUCCAUUGGGCUCAAUUCAAGGGAAGUGAGGAUAUGUCCAAUUCUUUGGGUCAAGAGCCCUUCAUCCAAGCUAAGAACUACCUGUGGAAUUGAACUAUUAAUGAGAGGAGACUCGUGUAUUGAUGAUGACCAGGAAACGAGUGAAAUUCUAAAAGAACAGUACGAGUCAUCGAAUUUAACAUUAUCCUCUUUUCAUAGACAUUACCUGAUUCCUUUGGCAUUACAACAAAAGAGCAAAUGGAGGAAGAAAGGCUUAAAGCUUCACAUCUUUGGAGAACAUACUUUUGUUGCCAAACAUAUGUCCAGUUCAACACCGUGUGAAGUGUGUCAUAAAACGUUAGGAAGAAGAUUUGGAAAACAAGGCUAUGUUUGCCGGGACUGCGGCUUCAAGUGUCACAAGCCAUGCCAUGUGAAGACAGAAACCGUCUGCCCAAACUCUACCAUCAACACUAUGGACCUGUAAGUUACCAUGCAGCAUACAUUUUAA